AUGUCGUUACCGUUCCUUACUUCGGCUCCAGGCAAGGUCAUCAUUUUCGGUGAACAUUCUGCUGUGUACGGAAAGCCUGCCGUUGCUGCCAGUGUGUCUGCAUUGAGAACUUACUUGUUAAUAAGUGAGUCCUCCACCCCUAACACUAUUGAAUUGGACUUUCCAGAUAUUAGCUUUAAUCAUAAAUGGUCCAUCGACGAUUUCGAUGCUAUCAUCAAGGAUCAAACCAACUCUCAAAAGUUGGCGAAAGCUCAACAAGCCACUGAUGAAUUGUCUCAAGAACUUGUCAGUCUUUUAGAGCCCUUGCUGGCUCAAUUGUCGAAAUCUUUCCAUCACCACGCUGCGUUCUGCUUCCUAUACAUGUUUGUUUGCCUAUGCCCACACACCAAGAAUAUUAAGUUCUCUUUGAAGUCCACACUACCCAUUGGGGCUGGAUUGGGCUCAAGCGCCUCUAUUUCCGUGUCGCUGGCCUUGGCUAUGGCUUACUUGGGGCGGUUGAUUGAGUCCAAUGAUUUGAAAAAGCUAUCUGAAAGUGAUAAGCAUAUAGUGAACCAAUGGGCCUUUAUCGGUGAAAAAUGUAUUCAUGGCACACCAUCAGGAAUAGACAAUGCCGUGGCCACUUACGGUAAUGCCUUGUUAUUUGAAAAAGACUCUCACAAGGGAACAAUAAACGCAAAUAAUUUCAAAUUCUUGGAAGAUUUCCCAACAAUUCCAAUGAUUCUUACUUAUACCAGAAUUCCAAGGUCCACUAAAGAUCUAGUGGCUAAUGUUCGCGUCUUGGUCACCGAGAAAUUUCCUGAUGUUGUGAGGCCAAUCUUGGAUGCGAUGGGCGAAUGUGCUCUGCAAGGCUUAGAUAUCAUGACUAAAUUGAGCAAAUGUUCCGGCACGGAUGAAGAGGCUAUUGAAACCAAUAAUGAAUUGUACGAGCAAUUAUUGGAAUUAAUAAGAAUAAACCAUGGGCUGCUUGUUUCUAUCGGUGUUUCUCACCCUGGAUUGGAAAUUAUCAAAAAUUUAAGUGAUGACUUAAGAAUUGGUUCCACGAAACUGACUGGUGCUGGCGGAGGCGGUUGCUCUUUAACCUUGUUACGUAGAGAUAUCACUCAAGAGCAGAUCGAUACUUUUAAAAAAAAGUUACAAUCUGAUUUUAGUUACGAAACAUUUGAAACAGAUUUGGGUGGUACUGGUUGCUGUUUGCUAGGCGCCGAAGAUUUGAAUAGAGAUCCUAAAACUAAAAACCAAAUUUUUCAACUAUUCGAAGAGAAAAAUACCACAAAGCAACAAAUCGACGAUUUGUUGUUGCCAGGAAGCGCAAACUUACCUUGGACUUCAUAA